AUGGCAAUGAAAAUCAUACAAGGUCCAAAGCUAAGCAUGUGUUUGAACUGGAAAAUGCGCGUCAACAUCAUUUUAGGAAUAGCUCAUGGGCUUCUUUAUCUUCACUGUGACUCCGAAUGGAGGAUUGUUCAUAGAGAUCUGAAACUCAGCAACAUCCUUUUAGAUGAGCAGAUGAACCCCAAAAUAUGUGACUUUGGCAUAGCAAGGAUUGUUGGAUGCAAAGACACCGGGACAAACACAAGUUACACAACCAGAGUAGUUAAAACUUUUGACUAUAUGUCUUUGGAAACCGAGGAAACCACAAUAGCUGGAACUUUUGGCUAUAUUUCUCCGGAGUCAGUAUUACAUGGACUUUUUUCAACCAAAUCCGAUAUUUAUAGCUUUGGUAUAGUUCUACUUGAGAUUAUAAGUGGAAGAAGGAUUUUAGAACUAACCAAGUCAGAACUACCUACGUACCUUACGGAAUAUGCGUGGAGAUUGUGGGGAGAAAACAAGGUGGUGGAUUUAAUGGACCCAACACUACAUGAAGUUUGCAAUGCAGAUCAGUUUGUGAAGUGUGUACAUAUUGGACUCUUAUGCGUACAAAUAGACCCAAAUGAUCGUCCCACCAUAUCAAAUGUUGUUACCAUGCUUGAAAGUGAAACUGGAAUGCUUCCAACUCCAAAACAGCCCACAUUUGACGUUUCAGGCCUUUCUAGCACAGUUAGUUCUAAUAGUUUUGAAUUAACUAAUAGUUUUGAGUUUGAAGGAAGAUAA